AAGACUGUCUCCUGGCAUAUCACGUGCAGCAGCCUCGCAUCUGCUCGCGUUGUCGAGCUCUUGGGCCUUCAUGCUGUUGUCAUUACGUAUCGAAAACAUGAGGUCAUCAACCACCACGCGAACCCUUCUAGCCAAGCACGCCUGACACUUGGCUGCGAUACGCAGCAGCUCAACCAACCAUCAAGAAGUACAUCUACCGCCCAUCGCACUUUUCCCCCCUACCUCCCUCAUUCUAACCCGUCUGACUUCCCCCCUCAACUGCGCGCACCCUGCAUCUUUGCAAAAAUGUCACACGCCACCCACCAUACCCGUGGCCGCGGGGGAGCGGGCAAUGUAAACCAAAGCCCCAGAACGUCCGUCCAACCCGAAGACCUGGAAACGCCGACGAUCAAACAAGAGCACUACUCGACCGGGCGAGGCGGCACGGGCAAUAUGGCCUCCAACGACUCCGCGGAGAGUGCGCGCAAGGCGCAAGACGUCGUUUUGCCCGAAGUGCACGACCGCGAGAAGAAGGGCACCUUCCACUGGGGCCGGGGUGGCGAAGGCAACAUGGCGACGAUUGGCAAGUCGGAGCCCCGGCCGCAGUCCAAGCCGCGGAGGAAGUCGAGCGGGGCUGCUGCACGACGGGGGAGUAAUUUACUGGAGAAGGGCAAGGAGAAGUUGGGGCUCGGGCACGAUGGGAAGAAGCCAGAGGGGAGUGCAAUUGAAGACUGAUGCUGCGCGUGCUCGCUGUUUGCUGUUCGUUGGCUUGAUUGCGGCGGGU